AAAGUAUCUUCAAAUGGUUCUAAUCGCCCUGAAGAAUCUCACACUCGAUCCAGAAGAGAAAGCGAGGAUUGCAUGUCUUUUAACCUGACAGACAGCUCAGAGAGGAAGGAAUGUACGCCCGGAUCCAUGUACAUCAUCCGAUGUAGACAAUGCAUAUGUCCCUAUAUGGGCAAUAUCAACCACUUCUGUCGCCCUCUACCUGAGGGAACUUACUGUAAACAAGCGUUCCCAUAUUUCAACUACUUACCUAUGGGCAGAAGAAACAAUCAAGAUAACUCGACCCAGCACAACUCAACUAUGAGCACCAUGGAAAUAAUUCCAUUGAAUCACAACCAUACAGAAUACGAAUGCUCCAAGCCAGGUAGAAUCAUGGACGACUGCUUCAUCUGCGAAUGCGAAGACCGACAUAUUCUUAUAGAAGAACAUUGUUUCAGAAGCAAUUCUCAGUUGUGUGUAGCUAUUGAUAAACCUACGUUUUUAAAAGAUAAUAAAUUCGUACUAAUUUGAUUUUUGUUUUAACAAAAAAAACACCAAAAAACCGCCUAUGAACUCUAAUGGUGAAAUAAUAACUCGAAUGGUGAAAUCGACAAGAAACAUUGCACUAAAAAUAUGUGUAAAGAUAAAAUUCAACAAUAUACGAGCAAUCCCAGAAAAUCAAACAUACUGAGUCAUGUAUACGAUACAUAUGAAAGAAAGAAUUGGUACUCCUUAGCACCUUGUCAAUUUUGUUACUGUGUCAACGAAAAUAAACUACUAUGUAAUAGAGGACGUUAUCUAACUAAGAAAUUGGAAUUGAGAAAUUAUAAUCUGAGCGUAUGUGGUGAAGAUUUAAUAAAAGAAGCAAUAGAGCUAAUUCCAGAUAUUCAAAAUACUUUACGACAAAAUAAAAAGAAAGACGUAGCGGGAUAUCUAGAAAUGCAACAAAAUAAAUUUAGUUCUAUAGUUAAUACAUCUUUUACUAUUAUAGAUAUUGCUAAAGAAGAAAACAAUAUUGCAAUUGAAGUAAAUCGUGAAGGAAAUGAGGAUGAAAAUAUAGUUCUAGGCAAUAUAAAUAAAAAAGACUCCUCUUCAAAGAGUGAUGAAGAUAUUGAAAAUAAAGAGGCAAAAAUCAUCACCCGGAAAGAAGAAACAAAAUCAAAUACACCAAAAACUAUUCAAGGUAAUACAGAUUUUCUAAAGUUCAGUCUUCCAACGGUUUUGAAAAAUGUUUUGAAGAUGGUAUUGAGGAAGUCAAUGGUCACGCUGAAUAAUGAUAGUAAAUGUGUACCCGGCUCUACGGAAGUCUUGAAAUGUAACACGUUUUUCUGUUUGAAAAAUUCAAAAAUGCUUUGUACCAAUAAAGUCUGUGAAUAAGUGAAUUGUGAGUGAUUUUUAUUGCAUUAAUUUUGCUGGAAUAUUUUAAUUUUAUUCAUCAUCUACAUCAUGUCCUUUCUCAUC